AUGUACUCCAUGUACAGCAGUUUUAUGCCAAAAACAGACUACAGUAGGCCUACACAUUUUUUGGUUUUCUGAAAAGAUCUGAAUCAGAAUGACUAACUACAGGGUUAUUACAGACUGCAGCCUAAUUACAGACACGCACAUCACUUUAGCAUGCACAUGUGGGUUGAAAAGGCAUCUCCAGGGAUCAUAUUACAUCUUUGUUAUUGUGUCUCUGAGUGUCCUGCACACCUUCUCCACUCAGCUUCUCAGCACUCACCUGGGUGCACCCGAAUGCCAUUCUUAUCACCUGAAAAGAAUCUCUUUCUAACACAUUCCAGACAUUUUAGAUUUUUCAGAUGAAGCUUUGUCUAAAAUAACCCUUUCGUUUCCCUUAACCACAAAAGAUUCUCUUCAGAAACAAAGCCAAAAGUAAUUAUUGUAGUUGAGUAGAAUAGGUUGAACUCAAGGGUUGCUACUCCACUGCAGAUUGAUGUAGUUUAGAAUCAGUCACAUGGUAUUGUGACAACAAAAUAUGUGUGCUCAAGACAGUGGUUUAGUGGUAUCUCUGAAAUAAAAAAAAUAAGACGUUUGUGAUAGGGCACACACAGUGUUUGAGAGAGUUGUGGAUAGUUUACAAAGUAAAACAGUGUAGUUGAGGAAAGAGAAGGUUAAAAAAUAAGAGUAGAGGGGUCUCUCUUGUCUCCACACAUGCUGUGUCUAGUCCUGACUAACGCUGCUCAUGCAUACCAAAGCCCACGGGAGAUGUUCAGACAGGCAGGGCUGACGCCUGACAGCUAAAUAAGAGAGAAUGUGACAGCAUCGGAAUGCCCUUGUGUGUGUUGAAACCGGCGGAAGUCGAGCGUCUUAGUGUGUGUGCAUACAGUAUGUGUGAGUGUGUGUGGGUGUGUGCGUGCAUGCGCAGGUAUGCAUGUCUCUGUGUGUGUGUGUGUGUGUGUGUGUGUGUUUGUGUAGGUGUAUGAUUUGAGACAGCAUGUCGGAGCAGAUUGAUGACAAGGCGGUGCAAAGGGACUGGGGAAAGCACAAGGCGGAGCAGAGAAGGGGAUGUUUGGCAUUCUGUGUCACAUAGUCACUUCCUGCGGAGCUCUUCGUCUGAUCAGACGUCCACGCUUUCUCUCUGUUGUUCUCUCUCUUUCUCUCUAUCCCUCUCUUGGGUCUUGGGAUGAACACACGUCACCUGGAGUGAUACAGAAGUGGAAAAGUGCAUUUUGGAUUUGGAUAGUGUGCAGAAGAGGACAAAAAGCCAGAGAGACUUGGAGGUGAUUUACUGUGAGCUGAGCUAAUGAACCUGUACAGGAGCUUUGGCAACAUGCUGGAGACCUGGGUGACGGAGGGCUAUCCUGCACUGGACUCCCCGGGACAGCCCGGCACAGAGGUGGCAGUGGACGAGGAGGUGGAGGGGGUGGUUCCAGGCAGUCAGGCAUCGGAUGCCUACAGGAGCGGUUCUAGAGACUCCCUUCGGUUCUCCGGCACCACGGCGCGCUCUGAGUCUGAGGACUCUGGCGUGGAGCUGGUGAGUGCCAGCAGUACCUGCACAUCCCCGCGGCAUGCAAUAGCCGUGAUGGCCCUCAAGGCCUUCGGUGCAGGGGAAUCCGAGGAGCCUGAUGCGGGUCAGUCAGUGGCCUCAGGGGGGGAUCAUCAUCCUCGUCUACCCACGUGCCCCUCCUCCCCUGCCCUCUCCAGCCGCUCCUGCCCUUCCUCCCCCUCCUCGACCUCCUCAUCCUCGUCCUGCCAGUCAAUAGGCUCCAACCUGUCGCCCCUGAGUGCUGUCGACUCAGGGCUGAGAGUAGAGCAGGCGUUGCGGCGAGCGGACCCGACAAGGCGGCAGCUCCCCAGGCACGGCUUGUCGCUGGCGGCCAGAGGCGGCCAGACCACUCUUCCACGAAAGCGCAGCAACACCACCAGCAGUGGCACCGCAUGCUCGUCCACAGGCCCACAGGAGUCUAGGGGCCAAAGGUCGCCACUGACCACUGAAGUACAGGCAGCAGGGGAGAGGCUCCAUGAUGACCCUGACAACAGGCCUGCAACACAACUGAGUAACGGACUUCAAACACAGAUUCACGCGCCCUCAACGCCAGUGACCAGUAGGCUUCAAGCACAGGCCUCUAGUGCUGGAGAAGAGGGUUGGGCGGAGCUCUCCCCCGGCUUCCUCUACCUGGAGCAGGUGUGCCUCAUGCUGGAGAAGUUCGCCCAGCUGCAGACGCGCCACCACAGCCUCCAGACGGAGAUAGAACAGCUCAGGAACCAGCAGAACCACAACAUAAAGCACAGCACUCAGCCCUCUACAUUAAGCCAGUGCUUCAACUUGCACACCACAGAGUCUGUCAGUCACACACUCGAAAACACAAGAACCCAGGUGGACGAAGAAACUCUCUUGCCCGAAGAGCACGCUAUCCUGGCUGUGCUCCGACGGCGAUCCGUGUCGGAUGCGGGGAGGCUGACACCAUAUCGCAAUCGUCGAGGGCGGAGCAAAAGUAUAGGAGACCUUCUGGAGGAAGAUGAGGAGGAGACUGGGGCACUCACUGCACUCAGGACAGCAGCAUGUGAGAGUCAGGAGCAGAGCAAGAGUGCUAGGCAGGGCUGGGGAGGUGCUAAGGGCCUCAAACAGAAGAUCACAUCUCUGCGCAGGAAUGAGGACCUGCCAGAUGGGAGGUCACAGACGAUUCCUCGCUUGGGAAAGAAGUCUAGCUUGAGAGGCCUGACGCAAUUUUUCAAGAAAAGGUCCAAGUCAUCACCAACACCAACGUAAUGGUUGCGAGCAAUCCCCUAAACCCUCCAAACCCCAUUCAUCACUGAUCUGGAAUCAGCCUAUCCACUCCUCUGCCCUACCCAGUCCAAUCUGCAUGUAAUUUCAUCAAACUGACUUUGUGCUAAGGAGUAGCAGGGUGUGAAUUAAAGAAGCUAAAGGUGACUGAUUAGUAGGAGAUGUUUUUACUCAAAGCGACACGGACUCCCAAAGGCAGUUUUUGGGAAUUAAACCUGGGCCGACAGAUUGUUAGGAGAUCAUGCCCCAGCACCACAAUUACAGAGGAAAGGUGUGGGAGGGGCAUUACAAGUGCACAAUUUACACAUUGUGUGUUGUACUACUGUCAAAGUUCUGUGUGUACCCAGAAGAAAAAAGUUGACUGCCCCUACCCCAAGUUGCCCAUUGACUCCUCUAUCCUGGGCUGGCCUUGGAAAGAUGGGUGACUCUACUGACCUGGGACAUGCUCCAGGUGUCUUCCCAUGGGGACUGUAUUUCCUGCCACUUUUACCACAAGUUGGUAUUGAUGGGUUAUGACUGUGGUUACUAGUACACACCUUGAGGCAAUGCAAUAAUCUAGCGAUAUAAGCACUACUGAACUGGUCACAUGCCAGGUACUUUUUUUCAGGGGAUCCUCCAGAAGAGUACUAUUUAUGCUUUGGAUGUGGUUUGCCAUUUACAAGUGACAAUUUAAUCUUAUCUCUGUUCAUAAGCUUUUUAAAAUGUAAUGAAUUGUUAUAUAGACAUAGACC